CUUUUGGCGUCCUCUCGUGGCCACUCGAAAACUGCGUCUAUAUCUGCCGGUGGUAAGUUUAGUUCUCCGACAAAAAUGUCCCUUAAAAUAUUAUCCAGGCUUACAGAGAUAAUGCCUGUGAUGGUGAAGUUCAAUCAGACGGCCUCCAGACUGAGUUCUAGCGGCAGGCUGCCGGUGGAACAUGACCGACUGAACCGGCGCUUCACCGUUUCUACCAGCAGUAGGACCGGAGUCAGCGAGAGUGCGAUACUCAGCUACAGAUUCACGGCAGCCGACGAGGUGGAUCUCAUAUCCACCUUUGUACCCGAGGCUUAUAGGGGUCAAGGUGUGGCCGCACUCCUGUCAAAGGCCGCCAUUGACUUUGUGCUGGAGGAGAAGCUGAAGGCUCGUGUGUCUUGCUGGUACAUCAGGAAGUACAUGGAGGAACACCCUCACCACGAUUAUAAAGUUCUUCAAAUCACAUGAUGUGCUUAAGUGGGUCUUCAAAUCAGAUGAAGCCGUGGUAAAGUGGGGUCGAGCUGUGACAUAUAACAAUAAAAUUCAAGUCUUAAUUGAAUAGAUUAAUAUAUGAGUAAAUGCAUAUGCAUAUAAUUGUUUGUUGUACCAGAGUAGUUUCUUGAGUACCUUUUUACAAUGUCUCUCUUGUGUGUAUACAUUUCAACAAAAUCCCAGAAGUCUUGUAAAUUAUUUUUUUUUUUUUAAUAAAUUUGGUGUGCAUCAUUA